GAAACGAUAUUUGAUGUACCCAACCAUCGACGUUUCUUACGGCUACCAAGUUCCCAAUUAACCGAUAACCUGUCUCUCUCCCUCUCUCGACAAUUAUCUUUGGUCGCAGGGAGACCCAAUUCGUAUCGAUGUAUUUUGCUUUCUCUUUGGCACUUCCACGAACACCGGUUAUGCAAGUUUGAAUUGUUUCUGGUAAUUUAUCUAUGGCUGCGAGUGUGCUCUGCUCCUCAAGAAUUUGCUUCAGUAAUGUCGACUACACUGCUAAGACUGACAAGCAGUACGGUUCAAAGCACAUCGGGUUAGUAGAACGAAGAGGUUCUGGAAGUUUGAAGGUUUUUCCUCGUGGGUCUACGGCGAAUUGGAAGAAACACAGGAGAAAGAAGGCGGGUCUUUGUGGGUUCAUGAUGAGAAGUUCAAAUGGGGCUAGAAUUAGCAUGUCUUCGGAUGAGGCAUUUGGGGCUUUGAAGUCAAUUUCAGACCCAGAUGAGGUAUUUUCUUUCUUCAUGUCGGUUGCUGAGCUGCCCAAUGUUGUUCACACGACUGAGACCUGUAAUUACAUGCUUGAGCUCUUGAGGGUUCAUAGGAGGGUAGAUGAUAUGGUGAUCGUGUUUGAUUUGAUGCAAAAGCAAAUUAUCUACAGGAGUUUGAAUACUUAUUUGACCAUAUUUAAGGGUGUUGGUGUAAGAGGUGGGAUUAGGGCUGCCCCAUUUGCACUCGAAAGAAUGAGAUUAUAUGGGUUUAUUUUGAAUGCUUAUUCCUACAAUGGGUUGAUCCAUGUACUUCUUCGUUCUGGGUACUGUAAAGAGGCUCUAGGGGUUUACAGAAGAGCCAUAUCUGAAGGGAUUAAGCCUAGUCUCAAGACCUACUCUGCCCUUAUGGUAGCUUCUGGGAAGAGAAGAGAUACCGAAACAGUCAUGGGCUUACUCAAAGAAAUGGAAAGAUUGGGGUUGAGGCCAAAUGUUUAUACUUUUACUAUAUGCAUUAGAGUUCUUGGGAGGUCUGGGAAAAUUGAUGAGGCAUAUCGUAUUCUUAAAAAAAUGGAUGAUGAGGGCUGUGGACCUGAUGUAAUUACUUAUACGGUUCUCAUUGAUGCUCUCUGUAAUGCAGGAAAACUUGAUAAGGCAAGAGAAGUGUUUGCAAAGAUGAAAUCCAGCCAUCAUAAACCUGAUCGAGUAACUUACAUCACUCUGUUGGAUAAGUUCAGUGAUUGUGGAGAUGUGGAUGCUGUAAGAGAAUUUUGGAGUGAGAUGGAAGCUGAUGGUUAUGCUGCAGAUGUUGUUACUUUCACAAUACUUGUUGAUUCUUUGUGCAAAUCUGGGAAUUUUGAUGAGGCAUUUGAUACCUUAGAUAACAUGAGAAAGAUGGGAAUCGUGCCAAAUCUUCACACGUAUAAUACAAUAAUUGGCAGGCUUUUGAGAGUUAAUAGAUUGAAUGAAGCGCUGGAAUUUUUUGGUGGUAUGGAAUCUUUAGGCAUUAAACCUACAGCUUACACAUACAUACUUUUCAUUGACUACUAUGGAAAGUCAAGAGAACCUGAAAAAGCUCUUGAAACUUUUGAAAAGAUGAAAACUAGUGGAGUUGUUCCUAAUAUUGUUGCUUGCAAUGCAUCUUUGGACAGUCUAGCAGUAAUGGGUAGGCUUGGAGAGGCAAGACAAAUGUUUACUGGACUUAAGAAGAUUGGGCUUGCUCCGGAUGCUAUAACCUACAACUCAAUGAUCAAGUGUUACAGUAGGGCUGGGAAAAUAGAUGAUGCCGUUCAAUUACUCUCUGAGAUGAUGGAAUAUGGCUGUGAACUUGAUGUGGUCAAUGUGAAUUCUUUGAUUGACUCUCUUUACAAGGCUGGCCGAGUAGAUGAGGCAUGGGCAAUGUUUUACAGAAUGAAGCAGAUGAGACUUGCUCCUACUAUUGUGACCUACAAUACAUUAUUGGCUGGAUUAGGGAGGGAGGGGAGGGUUCAAGAGGCCAUUGAAUUAUUUGAGAGCAUUACUGCACAAGGAUGCCACCCAAACACAAUUACUUUCAAUACACUUUUGGAUUGCCUUUGUAAAAAUGAUGAGAUUGAUAUGGCCUUGAAAUUGCUUUACGAGAUGAGAAAGAUGAAUUGCACUCCUGAUGUCUUUACUUACAACACUGUCAUUUAUGGUUUAAUCAGAGAGAACAAAGUUAAUGAUGCAUUCUUGCUCUUCCAUCAAAUGAGGAAGAUGCUAUAUCCUGAUACUGUAACUUUGUGCACACUUCUCCCAGGUAUUGUGAAGGCUGGGCGGAUUGAGGAUGCUUUUAAGAUCACCGAGAGCUUUGUUCACCAGGUAAAUAGUCCAGACAGAUGACUCUUCUGGGGAGAUUUGCUGCAAGGAAUUCUUAGCCUAGCUGAAUUAGAUCAAUCAAUUUCAUUCAUUGAAAGGUUGGUGCUUGAGGGGCUUUGCAGAAAUGACUCAGUAGUCUUACCUCUUUUGAAGAGUAUGUGCAAGCAUAAGAAAGCCCUUGAUGCCCAUGAACUUUUUAUGAAAUUUACCAAAGGUUUUGGAAUUCAACCAUCAUCGGAAGCUUAUUAUGUACUCAUUGAAGGGCUUCUAGAUGUUGAUGCUACUGGAUUGGCUUGGGGUCUCUUCAAGGAGAUGAAGACUUCUGGUUGUGCUCCAGAUGUUGGCACCUACAACUUGUUGCUUGAUAACCUUGGGAAGUCUGGGAGUGUUGACAAAAUUUUUGAAUUGUAUGAAGAGAUGCUCCACAGGGGAUGUAAGUCUAACACCAUAACUCACAAUAUAGUUAUUUCUGGUCUUGUAAAGUCUGAUAGAUUAGAAGAAGCAAUAGAUUUAUACUACGAUCUUAUAAGUGGAGAUUUCAAUCCCACUCCUUGUACAUAUGGCCCUCUCAUAGAUGGUCUUCUAAAGCUAGGAAAAUUGGAUGAAGCUAAGAAUUUCUUGGAGGAGAUGGGGGAUUAUGGAUGUAAACCUAACUGUGCCAUCUACAAUAUUCUUAUAAAUGGGUAUGGCAAAGCAGGGGAUCUGGAAACUGCUCGCGAGUUGUUUAAUAGGAUGAUUAAAGAGGGAAUAAGACCGGAUUUGAAGUCGUACACCAUUCUUGUGGAUUGCCACUGCAUAGUGGGGGAAGUGCAGGAUGCUUUGCACUUCUUCAAGGAAUUAAAGUCAUCUGGCAUUGAUCCUGACAUAAUUUCCUACAACCUGAUGAUCAAUGGCCUUGGGAAAUCAAGAAGACUGGAAGAAGCUCUCUUGCUGUUCAAUGAGAUGCAGGAUAGAGGGGUUAUUCCUAACCUUUAUACCUACAAUUCCUUAAUAUUCAAUCUUGGGGUUGCUGGAAUGAUAGAGGAAGCAGGGAAGAUGUACGAAGAGCUCCUACUUAAGGGCCUUGAACCUACUGUCUUUACAUAUAAUGCUCUCAUCCGUGGAUAUAGCACGUGUGGUAAUACUGCUCGUGCAUAUUCAGUCUAUGAGAAGAUGAUGGCUGGAGGCUGCAGCCCUAACACUGGGACAUUUGCUCAGCUUCCUAACUAAGCUGGGGACUUUUAAGGUUACUCCAAAGCCUCUCGGGAUUCCAGUUUCUGAUGCUGACUCAAUGAACCCUAGGGGUGGUCCAGCUUGAUUGUACUUGGGUCAUUUUGGGGCAAAGAAGUGAAAUCGGAUUUAAGUUUUGAGGCAGCUCAUUUUGGCACUCUGGGCCUACUUGCACCUGCAAGGUUGGCAAUGAGAGUUCUGAAUGUUCCAUUAGUUUGAGCCUUGAGGUGCAUUCUAAGGCCCUUCAAACUGCUGCACAAGAAGAAUUUGUGAAGAUUCACAUAUUUAUUGUAUAUAUAUCCUCCUUGGGUUCUGAUUGUAACAUAAUAUCUAACAUGUAAAUGCUUUGUUAGGCCUUAUUAAUCUCUUCUGGCAUAAUUUGAUCCCAUGUGCAGUGAAUUUUUUCUUUGGAAUAACUUGCUUCUUGAAUCAGAACCAUAUAAAUUUUACAUCUGAA